UAACCCGAGUCCAACCCAAGGAGUUUUUUGGGGAAGAGUAACAAGAACAAGAUGGCUGUCCCGGGAUGAGAAAACUAUCUUCUUUUUUUCACGUAAACACGGCAUUUUAAUGCGGCGGACAGUUCAGUCCAAAUACCUGUUUAUCUAACAACUUUAACCACUUUAAAGGCAUCACUUUGAAACGGACGUCGUUUUUCACGGGACUUUUCGGGAAGUUUCUAACGGUUUGUUGAGGGUGGAAACUACUGCAUUAGCUAUGAGGAGCAGGACAUCGUUACUGAGAUCUCUUUACCGUGAAUUUUACGCACACGGCAAGGUUUUGUGAUCUCAUUCAAUUGGCCAUUUGACUAAUUUUCUGCUUUAUUUGUUUGGUUGUUUUUUUUUAAGGCGUUUAACAGUUUAGUUUGUCACCUCUGAAAGCUUCAGUCACUGCUGUUUAUGGGUAACAUUUAGCUUUUUCGCAUGCCCGCACCAUAUUAUAAUAACAAAAUACAUAAAUAAAUAAUAAUAAUAGCUGGACCAUGAGUUCAUCUCGAGUCAGACCCCAGCAGCUGCCUCAGAGCCAGGCUGCUAGGUCGGCAAACAAACUCGACUCAAGUGAAGGGAUAGAGAUGGAGAACAUCCAGCAUCAAGACCUGGGUCUCGGUGGAGUCGUAGGCACCCCGUCCCCACCUUCGCGACAGGCGUGGAGCCGGGAUAACCCGGGUUUUGAACCAGAGGACGAGAUCAUGGAAGCAGACUGGCCUCAAGCGAGUCCCGGGAGAAGGUCGGCGUCCACGGCCUCCGGCAGCAGCUGCAGCAGCAGCGGUCUGGGUAGCUACAACCGUGGGGGCAGCAGCACCAACAUCCCCCGAGGAGGACUCUAUCCAACCCCGACUUUGGAGCAGCAAGACAGGCAUGGGCACCCCAGCUGUCUGAAGCAGAUACUCCAGAAAAUCAGAAUUCUGUGGGGCACAGAGCUGAUGGAGGAGAGUGACAGCAGUCGAGAAAGAUACCUCAGGAAUGUACUGAGGGAGAUGCUCACAUAUAUCGCAUUCCUGAUCACCAUCUGUAUCUUGACCUAUGGGAUGGUGAGUGUAAAUAUGUACCAUUACACCAAAGUCAUGUCUCAGCUUUUCCUGGACACGCGGCUGUCUGCCGGGGACCCCUCUACUUUUAGGAGCCUGUCAACCAUGGAGGAUUUCUGGAAGUUCACAGAGGGACCUUUCCUCAAUGGCAUGUACUGGGAGGUGUGGUACAAUAAUAAGAGCCUGCCAGAGAAUCAGAGUCUUAUCUACUACGAGAACCUCCUUCUUGGAGUGCCGCGCCUCCGACAGGUCAAGGUCCACAAUGAGACCUGCUCUGUCCAUGAAGAUCUGAGGGAUGAGGUCCAGGACUGCUACAACCUAUACACCCUGACCAAUGAGGAUACUGCCCCCUUUGGUCCCAAGAAUGGAACCGCGUGGUUGUACACCCCAGAAAGCGAGAUGAAUAGCAGCAGUUACUCAGGUCAGGUGUCUAAAUAUGGAGGUGGAGGAUAUUACCAAGACUUGUCUCGUACCAAAGAGGAGUCAGCCAUCCAGCUGCAGGUUCUGAAAGAUCACUUGUGGCUGGACAGAGGCACUAGGGCAGUCUUCCUCGACUUCUCUGUCUACAACAGCAACAUAAAUCUUUUCUGCAUCGCCAGGUUGCUGGCAGAGUUCCCUGCUACUGGUGGCGUAGUGACCUCUUGGCAGUUCCAGACGGUGCGACUGAUACGAUACGUGUCCAGCUGGGACUAUUUUGUUGGGAUGUGUGAAGUGGCUUUCUGCCUAUUCAUUCUCUAUUAUGUGGUGGAGGAAGUGUUGGAGAUCCGCAUCCACCGCCUACAUUACUUCAAGAGCCUGUGGAACUGUCUCGAUGUUCUUAUUGUCACGUUGAGCGUUGUUGCCAUUAUUAUGAACAUAACGAGAACAGCCAUGGUUGGAAACCUGCUGAGAGGCCUGUUGGAGAACCACACUGCUCACCCCAGCUUUGAGCCUUUAGCCAACCUGCAGGUUCAGUUUAACAACAUGGCUGCGGUUAUUGUCUUCUUUUCCUGGGUCAAGCUUUUUAAGUUCAUCAACUUCAAUAAGACCAUGAGUCAGCUGUCCAGCACCAUGUCUCGCUGUGCCAAGGACCUCAUGGGUUUUGCCAUCAUGUUCUUCAUCAUUUUCUUGGCUUACGCUCAGCUGGCCUACUUGGUGUUUGGAACUCAAGUCAAUGAUUUCAGCACUUUCCAAGCCAGCAUAUUUACCCAGUUUCGUAUCAUUUUGGGAGACUUUAACUUCUCAGAAAUUGAAGAAGCUCAUCCAGUUGUUGGACCUAUAUACUUUACAACCUUUGUCUUCUUCAUUUUCUUUAUUCUCAUGAACAUGUUCUUGGCUAUUAUUAAUGACACAUACUCUGAGGUGAAGGCUGACAUGUCCCAACAGAGGUCUGAGAUGGAAAUGACAGACCUUAUUAAGAAGAGUUGUAACAAAGCUUUGAUGAAGCUGAGACUAAAGAAGACAGCGGUAGAUGACAUCUCAGACGGUUUGCGUCAAGCUGGGGGGAAACUGAACUUUGAUGAACUCCGUCAGGAUCUAAAAGGAAAGGGUCACACAGAUGCAGAGAUUCAGGCCAUCUUUGCCAAAUACGAUCAGGAUGGUGAUCAGGAGCUGACAGAGCAUGAACACCAGCAAAUGAGAGAUGACCUGGAGAAAGAGAGAGAGGACUUGGAUCUGGAACGCAGUUCGCUGACUCGACCCAGCAGUGGGCGGAGCUUCCCUCGUACCCAGGAUGACUCAGAGGAGGACGACGAUGAGGACAGUGGUCACAGCUCUCGACGUCGUGGUAGCAGCUCUGGGGGUGUCUCGUAUGAGGAGUUUCAAGUGCUGGUGAGACGUGUGGACAGGAUGGAGCACUCUAUCGGCAGCAUAGUGUCGAAGAUCGAUUCAGUGAUUGUCAAGCUGGAAGUCAUGGAGAGAGCUAAUCUUAAAAGAAGAGACGUGGUGAGCAGGCUGCUGGAUGGAGUCAUGGAGGAUGAACAUCUGGGGCGGGACACAGACACACACAGAGAGCAGAUGGAAAGGCUCGUCAGGGAGGAACUGGAGCGCUGGGAGUCCGAUGAUAUGGUCUCACAGGUCAGCCACCCACAGCCGGCCACUCCUGUUGGCCCGCGGCCUCGCCCUUCCUCGUCCUUGUCCACCGACGGCCUCGACACAGGCGUGAAUGGGAGCGGCCAUGUGUGAAGACUUGGCAUGCUGAACUCUGCAAAGAAACUUUAUUGGAUCCUAACUUAAUAUGUGGGUCUUUGUUUUGCAGCAGAAUUUGCUAAAGCUCAUGGAAGGUGUUUAACUUACUCGACAUAUUAGAGAGGAAGUCAAAUGCACCUCACCUGGUAUACACAAAUGCACUGAAAGAGAGAGGCUGUCACAUGCAAAGGGUCUUUACUCAGUCUCACGUAUUAUUUUGACAGAUGACGAAAGGUAAACAAAACAGACAAGGUGCUGAGGAACAGUGAAGGAUUUAAUCAUUACACCACAGUAUUACACACGCAUGUACCAGCGAGCAAGUAUAUUCAGAAUUCAGUGUAUGAUUUUAAUAUUACAUGCUUUCGAUCGCUGUAUGCACAAUUAUUAGCAUUUACACAAAAGCCCUUUCUAUGAAUAAUAAUGUUGCUGAUUACUUUUUUCAUCAUUUUAAUAUGCAGUAGGUACAAGCGUGGCACUUCCUGUCACAUUUACUCAUCCUUCCAAUGAAUUAGCUUAUCGUUUUAUGAUACAUAUUGUAACUUUAAACAAACUUCGAUUUGGAGUGCAUCCAGUGUUCAUGGGAAACCCAUGCAUUAUUUUUCCUUUUUUUAAAAAAAACAAAAAGAAAUCUGUUGUGCCAAAUAAAGUGUUAUCAUAAUACAUCAGGGGGACUUCACUUGGUUUUAUCUCACUUUACAAGAAAACAUAUAUAUAAAAAGAGAGAGAAAUCACAUAUUAUAUACAGUAUUACAGAUGAGUCAUUAUUUCAAAGCAGAAUCAAAUAAUAGUCAUACUGUCUACUGAUCUGAACAGAAAAUAAACUGCACCCACAAACUUCCCUGAGACUGGUUCUGUUGGAGGUUUCUUCCUGUUAAAAGGGAGUUUUUCUUUUCCACUGUCUCCAAGUGUUUGCUCAUAGACGGUAAUGUGAUUAUUGGGUUUUCCUUGUAUUAUUUGUAGGUCUUUACCAUACAAAUUAAAGCGCUUUGAGGAAACUGUUGCUGUGAUUUGGUGCUAUAUAAAUAAAAUUGGAGUGAACUGAAAA